CUAAUGCUCAUCAGAAAGCACAAAACUAAACCACCAAUUAGUGAUUAUAAUCUAAUACCCAAUAAUGGCUCACAAAGCAACCUCCUUCAUUAUGGUUCUAUCUUGUUCAUUUUGCCUAUUCACUCUCAUAAACGGAAUUUCCUACUGCUAUGGCCCAUGCAACGACUUCAACGACUGCGACGGCCAGCUCAUCUGCACCAACGGCAAGUGCAACGACGACCCUGACCUCGGCACUCACAUCUGCCGCUCCCCACCCCCACCACGUAACCACGGAUCCCCUCCCCCACCAAGUGGUGGCAGCGGAACGACCUGCCGCUCCUCCGGCACCCUUCAAUGCGGCACAAACUCCUACCCUCAAUACACGUGCUCCCCUCCGGUGUCGUCCUCCACAAAGGCAAUACUCACCCUGAACGACUUCAGUGAAGGAGGCGACGGUGGUGCUCCAUCUGAGUGUGACGACCAGUACCACCAAAACUCGGAGCCAGUGGUGGCGCUGUCCACUGGGUGGUUCAACAAAGGGGCGUUGUGCUUGAGAUAUUUAACGAUCACCUCAACAAGAACCGGGAGGAGCGUGAGGGCGAAGGUGGUGGACGAGUGCGACUCCGUUCACGGCUGCGACGAGGAGCAUGCAGGGCAGCCACCAUGCCGGAACAACAUCGUGGAUGGAUCGCAGGCGGUGUGGGAUGCUCUAGGGCUGCACUCGAAUGUUGGGGAAGAAAACGUUACUUGGGCAACGGCCUGAAAAUAAUAAUGUUACGUGGAUUAAUUAAUAAUAAUUAAAUAAGGGCAAGCAUAUAUUUAGCUUCUUGUUAUGUUUUAUUUUCGGGAAUUUCAUAGCCAAAAGAAAAUAUGUAAUGUAAUGUAAUGAAUCGGAGUUAAAACAGAGUUCCAGACUCAAAUAAUAUUGGAAG